CAAAGCGAAUCCACCUUAUUAGGUGCUUAAGCUAUUCCUGUAUUACAUAAAGUUUUAAUCAUCAAUUUACCGAUUAAUCAUCCACCACUAGCACAAAUAAGGCUGAUUCUAGAACCAGGGCAGGCAUUGUUGUGGUUUCUCUCUCAUUUUCUCUCUAGUCUCCAGAGAUUUUUUGGGUGCAGGCCAGAAAACCAGCAUUUUUCCUUUCCAAUGGGGUCUAUGCUUGGUGACCUGCCGUCAUUUGACCCCCACAACUUCAGCCAACUUCGUCCCUCGGAUCCUUCUAAUCCGUCUAAAAUGGUACCUGCCAUCUACCGCCCUACUCAUAGCCGGACUCUUCCACCUCCUGAUCAAGUUAUAACUACUGAGGCCAAAAAUAUACUUAUUAGAAAUUUCUAUCAGCGUGCUGAGGAGAAGCAGUUGGGACCGAAGAGACCUGCCACUGAACAUCUAAUACCAGAGCAUGGAUGCAAGCAGCCUAGGGCUUCUACCUAAUAGUCAUAAUGAGAUUUUCCUUCUUUUCUUUGGUGCACAUGUAAAUGUAUCUUCUCAUAUGAAAUGUGUGUUUUAGAAACUGCGAGGAAAGUUGCUUACCCCAUUGUUGUAAACCGGGAUGCCAUACUUGUAUAUUUGUAUAUUUUGUGUGUACAAAUCAAACCUAUUGCUGGGUUAUGACAAUAACAAGAAGCGCUAUGUUUAGUUCUACAUUCUCUUCUUGAUAUUCAUUCCAUGUGGCAUGGCUGAAUUGCUGAAAUGCUAAAUCCUUGUAUGUUCAUUUUAAGUAUUCAAUAUCUCAUCUUAAAAUGAUGUGCACAAGUGCAUGUCUAGGUAAUCACAGGUUUGAACAUAUUACUUGGGGCUCCUGGAACUGCAUUUUUUAACUGGAAUCAUAUGCAUUUGUUUUGUCUGGUUUGCUGAGCCUCUUUAUGAAGUUGUUUUUGCCUGUUACAAUUAUAUAAAUUGAAGGUUUUCCUUGUGGUCCAGGCAAAGAAUCUUCUAUAAUGUCGCACGUAAGGGGUUAUUUCUUGGUUUCGUCCAGUCAUUAAUAACUUGAUUAUUUUUAGAUAAUAGUAGAUAGAAACAACGCUCGUAAGGAGUCCUAUUGAAACCAAGAAAUAUAGGCCUGCCUGCCAUCCACACCAGAAUAAAUGGAGUUUUCCGAAAAUACCUGCUAGUGGAGGAAGACCUCCUAGAGAUAAGAGACAUAGAGCUAAAGAGAGAGCCAAAAAAGGAUCUUGUG